AUGGAUGAAAAUGAAAUCAAAAACAACAAAGUUUCUUUUAACAUAGUCCCCAUUACAGAUAAUGAUAAACAAAUUAUACAGAAUUCGUUAAGACAGUAUUUUUUCCGCGAUGAACCUAUAUGUGCGAGCUUAGGAUUAAUGGAAGAAAAAGAAUCAUUAAUAAAAUUUGAAAAUCAUUGCAUUGAUUUAAUAAAAUAUGGAGUAUCGUUUAUGGCAAUAUCUGCAGAGACAGGUGAAAUGAUGGGUGCCGCGUUGAAUAGCAUAGUGUGCAGGAGUAACGAAAUAAAACAAUAUGGCGACGAGAACAAAAGUUCGAAAUAUAAUGAUAUUAUGGUUAUCUUAGAAAAAGCUGGACGAGAAACUGAUGUAUUUGGGCAGUAUCCAAACAUAGAUCGUAUGAUGGAGUUAAAGAUUAUUACAGUUAAUAAGGAACAUAGAGGACUUGGGAUUUGUAAAGCCCUCAUCAACAAGUCUAAAGAGUUGGCAUUGGAGUUAGGGUAUCAAAUGAUGUACGUGGAGUGCUCCAGUCAUUUUACUGCAAAAGCUGUUGAAAGAUUUGGAUUUCAAUGCAUAUAUACGUUGUCUUAUUCGGAUUACGUGAACAAGCAGGGUGAAGUGGUGUUCAAGACACAGCCUCCUCAUACAAUUUUCAAAAUCCACGUGUUACUUCUAGAGAUGUAA